AUGGACGUGGACAUGGACGUGGACGUGGACAUGGACGUGGACGUGGACGUGGACGUGGACGUGGAGAACUUGGACGUGGACAUGGACGUGAACGUGGACCUGGACGUGGACGCGGACGUGGACGCGGACGUGGACGCGGACGUGGACGUGGAGGACGUGGACGUGGACGUGGACGUGGAGAACUUGGACGUGGACAUGGACGUGAACGUGGACGUGGACGUGGACGUGGACGUGGACGUGGACGUGGACGUGGACGUGGACGUGGACAUGGACGUGGACGUGGACGUGGACGUGGACAUGGACCUGGACAUGGACGUGGACGUGGACGUGGACAUGGACGUGGACGUGGACAUGGUCGUGGACGUGGACGUGGACGUGGACGUGGACGUGGACAUGGACGUGGACGACGUGGACGUGGACGUGGACGUGGACGUGGACGUGGAGAACUUGGACGUGGACAUGGACGUGAACGUGGACCUGGACGUGGACAUGGACGUGGACGUGGACGUGGAUGUGGACGUGGAGGUGGACGUGGAGGUGGACGUGGACGUGGAGGUGGACAUGGACGUGGACGUGGACGUGGACGUGGACGUGGACAUGGACGUGGACAUGGACGUGGACGUGGACGUGGACGUGGACGUGGAGGACGUGGACGUGGACGUGGACGUAAACGUGGAGAACUUGGAUGUGGACAUGGACGUGAACGUGGACGUGGACGUGGACGUGGAGGACUUGGACGUGGACAUGGACGUGGACGUGGAUGGACGUGGAGUGGACGUGGACGUGGACAUGGACGUGGACGUGGACGUGGACGUGGACGUGGAGGACAUGGACGUGGACGUGGAGGACAUGGACGUGGACGUGGACGUGGACGUGGAGAACUUGGACGUAGACAUGGACGUGAACGUGGACGUGGACGUGGACGUGGAGGACUUGGACGUGGACAUGGACGUGGACGUGGACGUGGACAUGGACGUGGACGUGGACGUGGACGUGGACAUAGACGUGGACGUGGACGUGGACGUGGACGUGGACGUGGACGUGGACGUGGACGUGGACGUGGACAUGGACGUGGACAUGGACGUGGACGUGGACGUGGACGUGGACAUGGACGUGGACGUAGACGUAGACGUGGACGUGGACGUGGACAUGGACGUGGACGUGGACGUGGACGUGGAGGACAUGGACGUGGACGUGGACGUGGACGUGGACGUGGAGAACUUGGACGUGGACAUGGACGUGAACGUGGACGUGGACGUGGACGUGGAGGACUUGGACGUGGACAUGGACGUGGACGUGGAGUGGACGUGGACGUGGACGUGGACUGGACGUGGAGUGGACGUGGACGUGGACAUGGACGUGGACGUGGACGUGGACGUGGACGUGGACGUGGACGUGGACGUGGACAUGGAGGACGUGGACGUGGACGUGGACGUGGACGUGGAGAACUUGGACGUGGACAUGGACGUGGACGUGGAGGACUUGGACGUGGAGGACUUGGACGUGGACAUGGACGUGGACGUGGACGUGGACGUGGACGUGGACAUGGACGUGGACGUGGACGUGGACAUGGACGUGGACGUGGACAUGGACGUGGACGUGGACGUGGACGUGGACGUGGACAUGGACGUGGACAUGGACGUGGACGUGGACAUGGACGUGGACGUGGACGUGGACGUGGACGUGGACGUGGACAUGGACGUGGACGUGAACAUGGACGUGGACAUGGACGUGGACGUGGACAUGGACGUAGACGUGAACAUGGACGUGGACAUGGACGUGGACGUGGACAUGGACGUGGACGUGGACGUGGACAUGGACGUGGACGUGAACAUGGACGUGGACAUGGACGUGGACGUGGACGUGGACGUGGACGUGGAGGUGGACGUGGACGUGGAGGUGGACGUGGACGUGGACAUGGAGGUGGACGUGGACGUGGACGUGGACAUGGACGUGGACAUGGACGUGGACGUGGACGUGGACAUGGACGUGGACAUGGACGUGGACGUGGACGUGGACGUGGACGUGGACGUGGAGUGGACGUGGAUGGACGUCGACAUCGACGUGGACGUGGACGUGGACGUGGACGUGGACGUGGACGUGGACGUGGACGUGGACGUGGACAUGGACGUGGACAUGGACGUGGACGUGGACGUGGACGUGGACAUGGACGUGGACGUAGACGUAGACGUGGACGUGGACGUGGACAUGGAUGUGGACGUGGACGUGGACGUGGACGUGGAGGACGUGGACGUGGACGUGGACGUGGACGUGGAGAACUUGGACGUGGACAUGGACGUGAACGUGGACGUGGACGUGGAGGACUUGGACGUGGACAUGGACGUGGACGUGGAGUGGACGUGGACGUGGACGUGGACUGGACGUGGAGUGGACGUGGACGUGGACAUGGACGUGGACGUGGACGUGGACGUGGACGUGGACGUGGACGUGGAGGACGUGGACGUGGACGUGGACGUGGACGUGGACGUGGACAUGGACGUGAACGUGGACGUGGACGUGGACGUGGAGGACUUGGACGUGGACAUGGACGUGGACGUGGACGUGGACAUGGACGUGGACAUGGACGUGGACGUGGACGUGGACGUGGACGUGGACGUGGACAUGGACGUGGACGUGGACGUGGACGUGGACAUGGACUUGGACAUGGACGUGGACGUGGACGUGGACGUGGAGAUGGACGUGGACGUGGACAUGGUCGUGGACGUGGACGUGGACGUGGACGUGGACAUGGACGUGGACGACGUGGACGUAGACGUGGACGUGGACGUGGACAUGGACGUGGACGUGGACGUGGACGUGGACGUGGACGUGGACGUGGAGGACGUGGACGUGGACGUGGACGUGGACAUGGAGAACUUGGACGUGGACAUGGACGUGAACGUGGACGUGGACGUGGACGUGGAGGACUUGGACGUGGACAUGGACGUGGACGUGGACGUGGACAUGGACGUGGACGUGGACGUGGACGUGGACGUGGACAUGGACGUGGACGUGGACGUGGACGUGGACAUGGACCUGGACAUGGACGUGGUCGUGGACGUGGACGUGGACAUGGACGUGGACGUGGACAUGGUCGUGGACGUGGACGUGGACGUGGACGUGGAGGUGGACGUGGAGGUGGACGUGGACGUGGAGGUGGACGUGGACGUGGACAUGGAGGUGGACGUGGACGUGGACGUGGACAUGGACGUGGACAUGGACGUGGACGUGGACGUGGACAUGGACGUGGACAUGGACGUGGACGUGGACGUGGACGUGGACGUGGACGUGGAGUGGACGUGGAUGGACGUCGACAUCGACGUGGACGUGGACGUGGACGUGGACGUGGACGUGGACGUGGACGUGGACGUGGACGUGGACAUGGACGUGGACAUGGACGUGGACGUGGACGUGGACGUGGACAUGGACGUGGACGUAGACGUAGACGUGGACGUGGACGUGGACAUGGAUGUGGACGUGGACGUGGACGUGGACGUGGAGGACGUGGACGUGGACGUGGACGUGGACGUGGAGAACUUGGACGUGGACAUGGACGUGAACGUGGACGUGGACGUGGAGGACUUGGACGUGGACAUGGACGUGGACGUGGAGUGGACGUGGACGUGGACGUGGACUGGACGUGGAGUGGACGUGAACGUGGACAUGGACGUGGACGUGGACGUGGACGUGGACGUGGACGUGGACGUGGACGUGGAGGACGUGGACGUGGACGUGGACGUGGACGUGGACGUGGACAUGGACGUGAACGUGGACGUGGACGUGGACGUGGAGGACUUGGACGUGGACAUGGACGUGGACGUGGACAUGGACGUGGACAUGGACGUGGACGUGGACGUGGACGUGGACGUGGACGUGGACAUGGACGUGGACGUGGACGUGGACGUGGACAUGGACUUGGACAUGGACGUGGACGUGGACGUGGACGUGGAGAUGGACGUGGACGUGGACAUGGUCGUGGACGUGGACGUGGACGUGGACGUGGACAUGGACGUGGACGACGUGGACGUAGACGUGGACGUGGACGUGGACAUGGACGUGGACGUGGACGUGGACGUGGACGUGGAGGACGUGGACGUGGACGUGGACGUGGACAUGGAGAACUUGGACGUGGACAUGGACGUGAACGUGGACGUGGACGUGGACGUGGAGGACUUGGACGUGGACAUGGACGUGGACGUGGACGUGGACAUGGACGUGGACGUGGACGUGGACGUGGACGUGGACGUGGACAUGGACGUGGACGUGGACGUGGACGUGGACAUGGACCUGGACAUGGACGUGGUCGUGGACGUGGACGUGGACAUGGACGUGGACGUGGACAUGGUCGUGGACGUGGACGUGGACGUGGACGUGGAGGUGGACGUGGAGGUGGACGUGGACGUGGAGGUGGACGUGGAACGUGGAGGUGGACGUGGACGUGGAGGUGGACGUGGAGUGGACGUGGACGUGGACGUGGACGUGGACGUGGACAUGGACGUGGACAUGGACGUGGACGUGGACGUGUACAUGGACGUGGACGUAGACGUAGACGUGGACGUGGACGUGGACGUGGACGUGGACGUGGACGUGGACGUGGAGGACGUGGACGUGGACGUGGACGUGGACGUGGACGUGGACGUGGAGAACUUGGACGUGGACAUGGACGUGAACGUGGACGUGGACGUGGAGGACUUGGACGUGGACAUGGACGUGGACGUGGAGUGGACGUGGACGUGGACGUGGAUGGACGUGGACGUGGACGUGGACGUGGACGUGGACGUGGACGUGGACGUGGACGUGGAGGACGUGGACGUGGACGUGGACGUGGACGUGGACGUGGACGUGGAGAACUUGGACGUGGACAUGGACGUGAACGUGGACGUGGACGUGGACGUGGAGGACUUGGACGUGGACAUGGACGUGGACGUGGACGUGGACAUGGACGUGGACGUGGACGUGGACGUGGACGUGGACAUGGACGUGGACGUGAACAAGACGUGGACUGGACGUGGAGUGGACGUGGACGUGGACAUGGACGUGGACGUGGACGUGGACGUAGACGUGGACGUGGACGUGGAGGACGUGGACGUGGACGUGGACGUGGACGUGGACGUGGACGUGGACAUGGACGUGAACGUGGACGUGGACGUGGACGUGGAGGACUUGGACGUGGACAUGGACGUGGACGUGGACAUGGACGUGGACAUGGACGUGGACGUGGACGUGGACGUGGACGUGAACAUGGACGUGGACGACGUGGACGUAGACGUGGACGUGGACGUGGACAUGGACGUGGACGUGGACGUGGACGUGGACGUGGACGUGGAGGACGUGGACGUGGACGUGGACGUGGACAUGGAGAACUUGGACGUGGACAUGGACGUGAACGUGGACGUGGACGUGGACGUGGAGGACUUGGACGUGGACAUGGACGUGGACGUGGACGUGGACAUGGACGUGGACGUGGACGUGGACGUGGACGUGGACGUGGACGUGGACAUGGACGUGGACGUGGACGUGGACGUGGACAUGGACCUGGACAUGGACGUGGUCGUGGACGUGGACGUGGACAUGGACGUGGACGUGGACAUGGUCGUGGACGUGGACGUGGACGUGGACGUGGAGGUGGACGUGGAGGUGGACGUGGACGUGGAGGUGGACGUGGAACGUGGAGGUGGACGUGGACGUGGAGGUGGACGUGGAGUGGACGUGGACGUGGACGUGGACGUGGACGUGGACAUGGACGUGGACAUGGACGUGGACGUGGACGUGUACAUGGACGUGGACGUAGACGUAGACGUGGACGUGGACGUGGACGUGGACGUGGAGGACGUGGACGUGGACGUGGACGUGGACGUGGACGUGGACGUGGAGAACUUGGACGUGGACAUGGACGUGAACGUGGACGUGGACGUGGAGGACUUGGACGUGGACAUGGACGUGGACGUGGAUGGACGUGGAGUGGACGUGGACGUGGACGUGGACGUGGACGUGGACGUGGACGUGGACGUGGACGUGGACGUGGAGGACGUGGACGUGGACGUGGACGUGGACGUGGACGUGGAGAACUUGGACGUGGACAUGGACGUGAACGUGGACGUGGACGUGGACGUGGAGGACUUGGACGUGGACAUGGACGUGGACGUGGACGUGGACAUGGACGUGGACGUGGACGUGGACGUGGACGUGGACGUGGACAUGGACGUGGACGUGAACAAGACGUGGACUGGACGUGGAGUGGACGUGGACGUGGACAUGGACGUGGACGUGGACGUGGACGUGGACGUGGACGUGGACGUGGAGGACGUGGACGUGGACGUGGACGUGGACGUGGACGUGGACGUGGACAUGGACGUGAACGUGGACGUGGACGUGGACGUGGAGGACUUGGACGUGGACAUGGACGUGGACGUGGACGUGGACAUGGACGUGGACAUGGACGUGGACGUGGACGUGGACGUGGACGUGGACAUGGACGUGGACGUGGAAGUGGACGUGGACAUGGACUUGGACAUGGACGUGGACGUGGACGUGGACGUGGACAUGGACGUGGACGUGGACAUGGUCGUGGACGUGGACGUGGACGUGGACGUGGACAUGGACGUGGACGACGUGGACGUGGACGUGGACGUGGACAUGGACGUGGACGUGGACGUGGACGUGGACGUGGACGUGGACGUGGACGUGGACGUGGAGGACGUGGACGUGGACGUGGACGUGGACAUGGAGAACUUGGACGUGGACAUGGACGUGAACGUGGACGUGGACGUGGACGUGGAGGACUUGGACGUGGACAUGGACGUGGACGUGGACGUGGACAUGGACGUGGACGUGGACGUGGACGUGGACGUGGACAUGGACGUGGACGUGGACGUGGACGUGGACAUGGACCUGGACAUGGACGUGGUCGUGGACGUGGACGUGGACAUGGACGUGGACGUGGACAUGGUCGUGGACGUGGACGUGGACGUGGACGUGGACAUGGACGUGGACGUGAACAAGACGUGGACGUGA